CGGGAGCGGCGGGCGGGAACCCACAGAGCCCAGGCGGCGCCGCAGCCCAGCCAGGCAGACGCGCGAGGGCGAGCGCCCGGCUCCCCGCCGCUCUCGCCCGCUGCGCUCCGCGCUGCGCUCCUUCCACCCAGCGGCCCGCAGCGGGAGGCGUCCACGAGAGUUUGCCCCGGAGCGUAGGGAAGUUUCCUGCCGAAGCCCCGCUCCUGGAAAAGCAGUACCUGCGGUGCCCGCUCGCCUCGGCUGCACUCGCAGCUCGCGAGGUUACUUCAUGGAAUGAGCACUUAAGAGAAUGAGAGAGGAUUGAAGCUCUAUGGGAAAACAGAGCAUGUGGUCUUCAGACAUGACGAGAACUGCAGCCAUCUGAAAUGGUCAUGAACCCCAAACAAGUCUUCCUCUCGGUGCUGAUAUUUGGAGUAGCAGGGCUACUCCUCUUCAUGUAUUUGCAAAUCUGGAUUGAAGAACAACACACAGGGAGAGUGGAGAAGAAAAGAGGACAAAAAGCAAUUGCAGUGACUAGAGAGAAAAUCCAGGAACAUAACACCGACCAGGACCCCAAGUACCACAUCCCUGAGGAUCCCAAGAAAAACAAGGAAAAUCUUCUAUUUAACUCUGAGAGGUCUCCUGGGGUCUUCACGGAGACCAGCCACUCACAAAGAGAGAGUCAAGCUUUGGGCAAGACCACAGAGUCACCCACCUUUAAGGUGAUUGAAAAACGUCAAAGAACCAAGACCCUUUUCAAGAAGUUCAGAGAAAUGCGUUGGCCAUUGGACAUUCACCCUUUAAACAAAAGUUUAGUCAAAGACACCAAAUGGAGGAGAACUGAUGAAACCCAAGAGAAGCGCCGGUCUUUCCUUCAGGAAUUUUGCAAGAACUACGGUGCGGUAAGUCAUCCUCAGUCACAGCUUUUUCACAUGGUAUCCAGAAUCUAUGUAGAAGACAAACACAAAAUCCUAUAUUGUGAAGUACCCAAGGCCGGCUGUUCCAACUGGAAAAGAAUUCUGAUGGUAUUAAAUGGACUGGCUCCCUCUGCGUACAAUAUCUCCCAUGAUGCUGUUCACUAUGGGAAGCAUUUGAAAAAACUAGACAGCUUUGACUUAAAAGGGAUAUAUACUCGUUUGAAUACCUACACCAAAGCUGUGUUUGUGCGUGAUCCCAUGGAAAGAUUAGUGUCAGCAUUUAGGGACAAAUUUGAACACCCCAAUAGUUAUUACCAUCCAGUAUUUGGGAAGGCAAUUAUAAAGAAAUAUCGGCCAAAUGCCUGUGAAGAAGCAUUAAAUAAUGGAUCUGGAGUCAAGUUCAAAGAGUUUGUCCACUAUUUGCUGGAUUCUCACCGUCCAGUAGGAAUGGACAUUCACUGGGAAAAGGUCAGCAAACUCUGCUAUCCAUGUUUGAUCAACUAUGAUUUUGUCGGAAAAUUUGAGACUUUGGAAGAAGAUGCCAAUUACUUUUUAGAGCUGAUUGGUGCUCCAAAAGAGCUGAAAUUUCCAAACUUUAAGGAUAGGCACUCGUCCGAUGAAAGAACCAACGCUGAAGUCGUGAGACAGUAUUUAAAGGAUCUGACUAGAACUGAGAGACAAUUAAUCUAUGACUUUUAUUACUUGGACUAUUUGAUGUUUAAUUAUACAACUCCAUUUUUGUAGUUUGCAUUCAUUUCAUCAUGAUGGCCUCAAAUGAGCUAGCUAUAAUUUUCCUGUAAUUCUCUGUAUGAGAGAAAUUUAACUAAGUGCAGUUGUCUUGAUUUAAUGAAGACUUUUACCAAAUAGUAUGACACCAAUUGGCACAAAGUUAUAGGAAAAUUACCUAACAGAGACAUAUAAACAUUUUGAGUUGCUCUAAAAUGUUUGGAAAAGAGUUGCUUGUGCAUUAUGGAUCAUAUUAUAGAAGCAAUAACCUAGGCAGCUGCUACAUUAGCUACAACAGCCCCUUGUAAUGAUAGGAAAAGGGAUCUAAAAUAGCAUUAGUGAAUGUCUACAUCCUGGAAUUCGUUGUCUAAAGUGCAUGGAUAUAUUUUUAGCAGUCUGUGACAUAUUAAUCAAACCUUGGAUAGUUUUCUAACAUCCUGGACCUCUUUCUAUCAACUGUGACGAUAAAUCAAUGUUGAAAUGAUAUUUUGGACCUAGGCAUUUUACUUUAGAUGACAAGGCAUUAUGUGAUUUGCAAUAUGAGAAAUUAGCAGAAAAACCAGAUGAGGCUAUGGCUUUUUAUAUUCAACAGCCAAUAAAAAAUGCACAACAUGCUAAGAUCAAAGCAACCUUCCUCUUCCAGAAAAACGUAAGGGAAUUGAUUCUGUUUUCUUCUGAGCCUUCUCUGCAGAGACAAAAUGAAUACCACCACUAAAGGUCUUUGCUUCUGAAGCAGGCGGUUGAGAAGUUUAAGCCUUAUCAGAUAUAAAUACGUUCUUAAUUCUGGUUCAAUUGGGUGGGGGGAGGUUAUGUGGGGAUGGAAUAAUCAUCAAAACAAAAGUUGCCAACCUGAAUAUAGACCUCAAACAAUAACCAAGUUUUAUAAGAAUAUUAUUUGAAUCAAAGCAUCAUAUGCAUAGCUUUAUAUGUUGAAUGUACUCUAAGAAUAGCUUCUGUUUUCAGCCUAAUUAUUUAGCUUGGGAAUGACUUCUUUAAAACUAAUAUACCACUUCAAAGAUAGGUUAUGUUCUAGAGAAUAAACAUAACAAGAGCCCCUAGAAACAUUUUUAAUAGGCUUAUGCAUAAACAAAUUAAGGUAUUUUCUUUUUAAGUUUAAAUAUUCUGUACUAACAAAGUCAAAUACCAUUGCAUUUAAAUAUUAAAUCAAAGUCUUCGGAAAAUAGGACCAUGUGUCAUCUCUGUGAAAAGUUGCAAUGCAUUUUAGAAGUUUUUUCCAAGGAACCCUAAAGUAGAAGACACAUCAGGAUGGGAAACUCAUUUCAACAAGUCAACUGUUACUCCGAGUUAAGCAAAUCACAUGUCAUUCAAACCCUGUUUAAAUGCAUUUCUUGAACAUAUGUGUUCCUUUUCCCAAACUAUCAUUUUAUUCUCAUCAGUAAAUAAUCAGUAACAUCUCUAAAAGGAAAGUAAGUAUUAAUAUUUGAAUACUAAUAGGCCAAGAUAGUUAUAGUCAUACUUAUUCCAUGAUUUUUUUCAUGGCUGAGUAUUCAUGAAUCACUUCACUCUUUACACAUACCUGCCGUAUCCCAUCUGUGUCUCCCAUUGAGUGGGUAGAGGCAACCGGCUGCCAGGUCAUGAGUAUUAAACCUUCUAAACCAACCUUUUACCACUUUUCCACUCCAUUUACUCUUGCCUCUAGACCAUAGUCUUACGGUGUUCUUUCUGUUUUUAAGGAGUUGUACUCUAGAAUAAUCUCAAUUGUAUAAUUUAAAUUUUCCUAUACCAUGUGCAGUGAAUUCUUAGUAACUUAGAGAUAUUGAAAUGAUCUUUUUAGACAAAACAGCACAGAAAAUAUGCCAAGAAGCCUGAAAUUUUAUUCCUAAACUAUACAAAACUAGUUUUAGAUGGGAUCUGCUAUAAAGGAUAGAGACAUUUUUCUCAGAGUUAUUCGUAAACCACCUAAGGAGAAAACAAGCAAACAAAAACCUUUCUUUUCAUAAUUUUGGAAAGAAGAAAAUGGAAGCAAGGGUCCUAUCUCUCUUAUUAACAUUUCUCAUGCACUUGAGAGGGUGGAAUGUGUGUGUGUGUGUGUGUGUGUGUGUGUGUGUAAAACUAUAUAUAUAUACACACACACACAUAUAUAUAAAACUAUCAUAUAUAUGAGUAAUCAUAUAUAUAUAUCUAUAUGUGAUUAUUUGGCAUUGGUGGUAGAGAAGAGAGGUGAGAGAAAAAAAUGAUGCACAACACUGUCUACCGAAGCUGUUCUAUACCUUUUGCCAUAUAUGCUCCUUUCCUGACCUUUUCCACCAAACGUGUGUAACCAUACGUCGUGCUUCAGUCAUUCUUUUCCUAAACAAACUCUCGAUGCCAGCUGAUAUCUUGUGUGGUUGUGAGUUCCAGAGGCCAUGUAAGUUUUUAUGAAGUAAGAACACAUUUUUUAUAUACCAAUUUUUCCUUUUAAAUUACUUAUUUUCAAGUUUGGGCCAAAUAAGCCAUUCACCAUCCUGAAUUUUUUGUGAUUUUUAAAUACCUAUUCCAUUUAUCUCUCCUGAAUUGUUCUACUUUGUAGACCAACUCAAAAUCACCUUUGUGAUUUCUGCCUGCGUGCAAACCCCAGGUAUUAGUGCCACUGCCCCUUUGGACAGUCAAAAUCUCAUGGAUUUAGACUCCCAAAGGCAAGUGACCAAAUCUAGACUUAGCUUCCAGAUGUCCAAUGUUCCCAUUUUAACAUUAGCAGGCUAUAGGUAUAGUUAUUAGUUCUCUAAUUAAACCCUAAGGAUCUUAUUUGUUUUUUCAGGCAGCAGUAAUAUGCUGGGCAGUCCCCUUCACUCCAUUAUUCCCCUGUCUGGAAUUGCUAGUAGAGUAACAAGUUAGCAAUUAAAUCCAAAACCACAGUUAUUUAACCUGGUAAACUACCUAUAGAUGUGCAUUAUUGAUGUGGCUGGGACUAGAAGCGGCCAUAAAUUUCACUGGAAAUGUGUAUACAGGGCACCCAAUUUUCUGAUUUUCUCACAUGUUUGAAACCAUUCAUUCAGGCAAUGGAAAUGUGAGGACACUUGAUAAAUUCUCUAACUUCACGGUCUAUAAAAUAUUAUCUAGCAAUUCAAGAACUACUUGGACACCAAUUAUAAUUAAAAAGAGGGGAAAAAAGACUCUUACACUUUAUUCAUGAAUAAUUAUUCUUCAAAAAGGUGUUAUCUUCUAAAAUAUAUAGUUCUUAGCUGAAGGGGAUAUAUAAGCAGAUGCAGAGAAUUUUGAAUUUUAGAAUUGCCUUUGAAAAGAUCAGUGCCUGAAUUAGUAGAACUUGGAAUUAGUAGGCUGGGAAUACAGCAAACAUCUCCCUAAGGUGAGUUCUCAUUUGGCCUCUUGGAGCAUCUUAGCCUCUAGGCCUUAGUGGAAUAUGGCAAAGGAAAUAUUUUGCCCAUGGCUAACAUCCCACCCUGCUCUGAUAGUUGAAGAAUGGUUGGCCAAAGCCUUUAAUAGUAGCUCAAUUGCCUGUUAACCUUAGACCAGGGCUGACUCAGCUUAGUGUUACUUUUAAAGUCAUAUUUUGCAAUCUCAAUCAUAAUCAUUAUGAUAUUCAUAAUAUUGUCAUACUUAAACAUUUAUUCAAUACUUAAGUGCUUUAAAUGCAUUAAUUUAUUUCAUUUCCAUUUAGUCAACCUAACUUAGGUGCUAUUGUUAGCGUGCGUGCGCGCGCGCGCGCGCACACACACACACACACACACACACAUACUGUAGAAUAAAGGAAGCUAAAGCAGAGUUUGGUUGAGUAACUUACGUAAAGAGACACUGCUGGUAAAUAGGUAAAGAGGUAGGAUGAACCCAAGCAGCAAAUACCACUACCAAAUUCUCUUCUCAGAAUAUUAUAAACUUACAUAUUUACUUUUGUUUUAUCAUUACAUGUAUUCAUAACAGCUAAAGGCAAGAAAUAUAUAUUGACAUCUUGAAACUUCUUAAAUAAAAAUGUGGAUAUAAAUGCAUGUGCAUGUGUGAAUUCAACUAGGUAGUUAUCGCAAUUCAAAUCAACUUACCCCUUUAUUCCUGCCGAGUAAAACUGACAGAGUCAAAGAUUUUAUUAGAAACUAGGCUUCCCCCCACCCCAGUUUUUUAAAUCUCCUGUUGAUCAUAAGACACAAUGUUUUCAAAAAGAGGGGGGAAAGUCCCUGGAACAAAUUUAGCCUAACGAAAAUAAACUCUCACUUUGACAAGAAAGUCCAGACAGCUAUAGGAGUGGGCAAGGUCAAAGAAAAUACAAUCCAAGAAGAAGAGAGUCGGGCCAAUUUUCCCCGCAUCGGCAUUUGAUGGCCACUGAAGAUGGACAUGGCGCAGCAAGCCAGUCAAAGUGAAGGCUCCACAACUACUGUUAGAAGCUAAGCAAUUGUGCAGGGUCUCGUUUUCCUGAGUUCUCAUCCCCAGUACUAACUACAGUUGUUACAUAACCCUAACAUGAUUCAGGAAAAUUAUAGAAAAGAAUAGAGCAGCAGGUUGACUUCAACCAACUGGAAAAGCACCACAAAAAAAAAAAAGGUCAAGAUAAGUAAGUGUUCAGCUGGAAGAGGGCUGAUGUUUUCCAGGUCUGGGGGACACCCUACCUGAAGAAGACCAAGUCUGAGUUUUACAGAAGGGUGUUGCCUCACAUCAUUUAGUUUGCAGAAGAAUUGCCUAGUCACUCACAUCUUAAUUCUUCAGCAAGGUCAUAUCCUUCCAGACAAUUUUUUUUCAAAUCCAUGUAAGCAAUCAUUUUUUUUUCCCCAUCUCUAAGCCUCUGCUCAAGUCUUACGCUAUAUUUGAAAUACUCGCCUCUCUAUGUAUCUGGACAUUCCUUUUAUGUUAACUCAAGAAAGAAUCUCUUUAGAUUAUUCAAUUUUGAAAUUUCACACUUCAUGAGCUCUCUGAUCGAUGGAAAAAGGCAAAAUGAUUUUCCCCUGAUGUGACUUGCAUCAGAUUCUUCUCAUACCAAUAAAUGAAGGCAUUCCUUCCCUACUUUUUCUUUGCUUCCUUAAUUUGUUCAUUUGUUAGAUCCCUCCUCAUAUGAAUAAAAAAAUCUCUGUUGUCCCUGGAAUAUGUCUUAGUUCUUCUGAGAGGAAAGGAACUGUGUCCGUAAAUUCACUUUGCACCGUUUCUAGCCAAGCACUGAAUGGAAAGCGUUACCUUAAUAGAUGUUUCUAGUGCUGUUGUUGAAAGGUUCACAUACAGCUUCUCUUAGUGUAUAAUGCAUAUAUUUCUACCUUAUGACUUUCAGGCAUGUAUAAGAUCAGUGGAUCUAAAGAGCAGGCACUAGGGCAGGGCAAUUGAGGGAAGUGCUCUAAGCCACACGCCUUUUCGAUGUUAAUAGUCACAUCUUAACCUAAAAUAUAGCUGUGGACUCAGCCAUUUAUUACACGUCUAAGAUGACUUAUUUGUGUACUAAGUUUGCGAAGGUAAUGUUGAAGAAACGCAUGACUUUACUGAGUGCCAGGACUGAGCAACUUACUAAGUAGCAGACACUGGCAAAAUAUUUUACAUACAUUCACUUAAUGACAUGAAGGGUAUGUUUAAUCCUUAUCAAAAAAAAUGAAAGUUAGGUAUUAUUCCACCCAUCAUUUUAUGAAUGAGAAAACUGAGGGUCCGAGAGCCUUCAUGGCAAGCCCCAGAGCCAGCUUCCUGCCAAGGUCCCCUCUGGCUCCAAAGCCGAGACCACACACAACAGUCUACAGGCCAGAUCUGGCCACAGAUACGUUUGGUUUGGCUUACCAUGCAUUUUAUUUAAUAUUUUAAUUAGUUGCCAACAUUUUAAAAUUGGGACUCUUUUCAUCAAUAAUAAGGAAUUUCUGUUACCCUGCAUCUUACAUGCCCACCUGAAAAUAGGUGGGCAGAAUCGAGGUGCGUCCCAUUAGAGAAGCCAGAGACAUCUCACUGAAGAAGAGCAUCUUCAUGCUCUCACCUAGCCUCAUCACUCAUGUACCUUACCUGGCUGGCCCCUAAGUGUCCCACCUUUAAACCGCUGCUCUGAAGUGUGUGUUCUUUCAUCCACCAAGAUUCCCAAGGAAAAGCAAUUCCUAAACAUUUUCUUCUACCAUAUUUGUGUUGUGCAAUCCGUGAGGUCAUCACUUUCUCACUCAAAGUGCUGUUUGUCCUUUGUUCUUAUCCAGUGGAAUCGCCAAACAAUAUUUCAUUGUUUGAGGAAAUUUCUUCUGACCAAUAACAAAGAUGUUGGGAGAAAUCCAGGACCUUUCUUUGGCAUCCUUCUGUCUUAGCCACUGGGUCCCGCUGGUAACGACAUUUCUCCUCAUGCCCCUCCGCAGCAGAGAUGAGUCAUUCUUCCAGGCCCCACAACCUCAAAGUCUAGGGACAAAAACUGGUUCCCACUGAUGCAUCCAGACGGCUGUUCCAUAACCUGCCUUCAACACUCUGAAAAUUGCCUAGGUCCCAGUUUUCUUUAAGGACUUCCCUAUCUAGCCCAUAACACUCCUCUCCACCCCAUUCUUGCUAUUUUCCUGGGUGACUAGCGUUCCCACUAACAUGCCACUAUCUUUGCUUCUUUGUGCUCUAACCUCCUCUUCUUCCCAUUUCAACACUUGAGAGAAGUGUUGGAGAAAAACAGAAACACAGCCAUGGGGAGCGAUAAUCAUGACUCUCAUCCCCGAAGAGCAGAAAACCUGUGGCAAAUUUUAUAGGACUUCAUUUUAUCUAAUCAUUUCCUCAAAAUGUCUCCAAAGUUUAGAAAAAUGUUCUUCAGAAAUAUUAUGAACUGAGACGUAUUCUCAGAACACUAGAGGAACUACCAAUUUAAAUGAUAAUAUUAUUGGGAUGGCUGCUAUUAACCUUAGGGAAAAACUCAACCCUGAUUUAGCUUAACAAGUCCUCAGAAAAGAGUGGAGCACACUUAUGCGUGUGUGAUUCUUUUCCUUUAAUCCCCAUCGAUUAUUACUGACAACGAAACCUGCUGCCUUCAUUCUGUUACUUUGUUGAAAUGUUCAAGACUCUCCGCUCAUAGAUGGGUCAGUGGAUGUUGGUAACAAAGCCCUCUUGGAUUCGGACCAGCGCUAAAGCAGAAACGUGGCAUCGGCAGGAUGCCAACGACAAGAACUAGAGCUGAAAUGAUGAAGUGAGUUAUGGGGACAGAGCUGGGCACUGCCCAAAGUGUUUGAAAGUUUUCAGGAUGAAAUGGCAAAAUGAAAACUUUCCCUUUUUGAAGCACAAAAGACUGAAGGCAAUUUUGGCAACUCAACGUCACACCGAACAAAGUGAAGACCAAUAAAAAAAUGAAAAGCCAUUUUUCAAAUUGACCUGAGAUGAUUGAAAAUGGAAAAUAUUUUGCUAUUUCAGUAAUUAGUUUGAAAGCAACUGCCCCAAGAAAUAUUUUGCAAUUUAACUUAAAUGGUAAGAAUGUACAUUUUCUUGGACUCCAUUAAAGGAUUUGUCUCUACUUGCCUUUCUAUUAAGUUGAAUCAUAUGACAUUGCCAACAUUUGACCACCUCUGAUGUACAAACUCAGCCCUUUCAUAGUGUCCCACUAAUAGUUCCACUGCUACCUACCCAGGUCUAGACACAAUAGCAUUGACUGGAACUAUUCAAAAUAGCCUCUGAAAAGAACUCCCACUCCUCGUCACUCUGUCCUUUUUUCCUCUUUUUUUCUUUUUAAAUUUUUAAUUGUGGUAAAACAGAAUUUACCAUCCUAACCAUUUUUAAGUGUCAUUAAGUACAUUCACAUUGUUAUGCAGCCAUCACCACCAUCCAUCUUCAGAACUCUUUUCAUCUUGCAAAACCAAAACUCGAUACCCAUUAAAUAACUCCCUUUUCUCCUUCCACCAGUCCAGGAAAUCACCGUUCUAGUUUCUGUCUCUAUGAAUUUGACUCUUUUAGUUACCUCAUGUAAGAUGAAUCAUACAGUAUUUGCCCUUUUGUAACUGGCUUAUUUCCCUUAGCAUAAUGUCCUCAAGGUUCAUCAAUGUUGUAGAUAUGUCAGAACUGCUUUCUUUCUAAUGCUGAAUAAUAUUCCAUUGUACAUAUAAGUCCUCCCUUUAAUCCAUUCUACACACUUUGAAAAUAAACUUCCUACAGCGUCAUUCUGCUCCCAGCUUCUUGUUGCCUGUCUUCAAGGCCCUCAACAAUGUAACCCUGGCCCAAUAUCACCAAAUAACUGUAUCAAAUCCAUUAUUAUCCAGCCAAAUUGAACUAUUACAUUCUUUGAAAACAUUCUUGCUUUCCCCGCUAUUUUGUCCCUAUUAUUUGCUCUGCCUGAAGUACCCACUUAUCUUCUAUCUUAAUGACCUUCUCUCAUGCCCUCUCCAACACAAUACCACCCCCCUAACGCCUGUCCCCGCAGCCCACUCCCUCGCUCUCCUCCGCUCCCGUGACCAUCCCUCAGCUCACUUCAUCCACUCUGCCUGGGGACUCUCUUCUAUUCCACUUGCUUUAACUCCACCCGUAGGAUAAUGGUUCCCAAAUCUCUUUCUCCAGCCCACACUUCUGUCCUGGACUUUGACUCAAAUUUCCAACUUCCUGCUGGACCGCUUCACCUGGAUGUCCCAUUGGCACUUGCAACUCGACAUGACUGAAGUUAAACUCAUCAUCUAACCCCUAAACCUGUUUUCUCCUCGUUCGAUGGCAUCACCAUCCCAUCUACUCUGUCUCCCAUGUUGGCAACUGAGGAGUCAAGCCAGACUUCUCCUUGUGCUGACUCCCCACAGCCGUGGGGAAGCCCACUAAUUUCACCACCUGCAUUUUUCUCAAGUUUCUCCUCUCCUCCCAUCCAUUCUGCAACUACCCUAAAUCAAACCCUCACCUUCUCUUGCCUGCAGUGCUGCAACAAUUCCUAACUGUUCUCCCACUUUGAUUCCUCUCAACACAAUCCUCCACACCACUGCCCUUGUUAUCACUCUAAAAUAUAAACCCAAGCCUGGCAUUUCUCCACUGAAAGCUCCUUAACGGCUCCCGUCAUACAAUUGUGUUUCCUAACACACACAAUAACCUCCAGGAUCCCAAUGCUUCGCCAAUCACGUUUCCUGCCAAUUCUUGCCUCUCUGCUUACUCUCCAAGAACCUAGAAUGGCCCUGAUUCCCCGACAUUGUGCCGUUUCCUGCCUCCAGGGCCUUUGCUCAUGCUGUUCCCUCUGUGGAAGCACCCACCUAACCUCCCUUAACCUCUCCAACAUCUCCUAACCCCUAAACUCAGCUCACCUCUGACAUGGUUCAAAUGAGAAGCCCUGCUCUGAGCACCCAUGUGCUCCUGGAAAACAGUAUACUACGGUGGGUCUUGUAUACUGGGUCUUUUCGUCAGUGAGAACUGGGUUUGAAUUCCAAAUUUUCAACUUUUAAACUUUGGAACCUCUCCAAUUUAUGUAGCUUCUCUGAGGGCUGGUUUUCUCAUCUUGAAAAUAAGGAUAGCAAUACCUACCUUGUCAAGUUAUUGUGGGAAACAAAUGGGAAAAUGUUUGUAAAGUGUUUAAUAAGUGUUCAAAAAUAAUGAUUGUCAUUCUUCCAUUAGAGCCUGUGUAUAUCUCUAUGUUUGCACUUAUAGAAUUUUAAUUAUUUAUGUGAGUGUCUGGCUCCCCCAGGAGACUCAAUUCUUUGUCUUGUUCAUCUUCGUAACCCCAGAGAAGGCACUUGUUAAAUAUUUGUUGAAGAAAUAAAUGUAGGCACAAAUCCCACACACCUACCCCAAUGUUCACAUACCACUGUGUUCUUCCCUUAGGCACAUACUGACUUGUAUUGUAACAAUAUGGAAAUGUGUCUUAACUUUUCUGUCAGAUUCUAAGUUA